AUGAGUUUGAAGGGCAUCCAGAAGAGCAUUAUCCGUGCCCCACAAACGUUCAAGGCCAAGUUUAAUAUUGGCGAGCACACCAAAGAUGCGGUCUACACCGAUGCCGAACGCCGAUUUCAGGAACUCGAGAAGGAGACUAAGAAGCUGCACGAUGAAUCGAAGAAGUAUUUCGAUGCGAUUAAUGGCAUGCUGAACCACCAGAUCGAAUUCUCCAAAGCUAUGACAGAGCUCUACAAACCCAUUUCUGGUCGUGCGUCCGACCCAAGUUCAUAUAUCAUUGAAGGAAAUCCGGAAGGAAUCAAGGCGUGCGAGGAAUACGAAGCGAUCGUGCGGGAUUUGCAGGAAUCUCUCUCGCCCGAGCUGGAAAUGAUCGAAACCCGGGUUGUCAGCCCCGCGGAGCAGCUGUUGGUGGUGAUCAAGACGAUCCGUAAGGUUGCCGUGAAGCGAGACCAUAAAAAGCUGGACUAUGACCGGCACAGGAAUACACUGAAGAAACUCCAAGACAAGAAGGACAAGUCACUAAAGGACGAGAAAGCUCUUUACCGGGCGGAAAGCGAUGUGGAACAGGCUACCCAGGAAUACAACUGCUACAACGAUCUUCUCAAGGACGAGCUACCCAAGCUCUUUGCUCUUGAGGCGGAAUUCAUCCGACCGCUAUUCCAGUCCUUUUACUACAUGCAGUUGAAUGUCUUUUAUACAUUGCACGACAAAAUGCAGGGUCUCGAUAUCGGAUACUUCGAUCUGACCCUGGAUGUCGAGGAGGCCUACGAAGCUAAGCGUGGCGAUGUCAGCGAGCGUGCGGAAGCGCUUACCAUUGUCCACUUCAAGACUACUGGCGGCCGUCGCACGAACUCCAAGCUAGCGGCUAAGGACAAACUCGCGAACGAGAAUAAGGGUCGGUUUGGUGCGAAACCCAGCGAUCCCGAUGUUGUCGAAAACCCCCCGCCUCCUUACUCUGCAGGCUCAAGUGGCAGUGCCCUCGCUGCAGCCGCGGCGAAGAAACCCGCACCCCCACCCCCGAAGCCUAAGCCAGCUCGCUUCAGCGCGGCCAUCGAGACGGCGACAGCUUUGUACGACUACGAAGCGCAGGCACAUGGUGAUCUUAGCUUCUCUGCUGGCGAGGUCAUCGAGAUUAUCCAACGGACUAAUAACCAAAACGAGUGGUGGACUGGUCGCGUAAGUGGAAGAGAGGGGCAGUUCCCAGCAAACUAUGUUCAACUCAAUUAGCAAUGAGUAGUUUAUGUUAUUGCUAUAACUUAUUUCUAAUCACUAUUCUUUGCAAAAUUUAUUGUUACCCUUGGGAGUUACGGGAGUCUCAAGCUCCUAGUAGGGCUUCUCACUUUUAUAAAGAACCGCCGGUCAUUUGCCUGCCUUUUUGCAUUGGAGUACCUUCGCGUGAUCAUGACCUUCGCCUGGGUGUGUAUAUAUAUACGUAUAUAUGUAUCUUGUUUAUUUUUAUAACAGCCAAAUGACAAGUAAUGUCAACACGAUUCGUAAC